UUGGUGAUAGUUUAGCAGACGUGGGGACUCCUUUCACAUUUCAUUUUCUACUUACUUUUCACUCAUUUUUGACUUGCUGAAAGUUGCGACCUGUUUUCUUCAUAAUGUCGGACACGAUUAGGCGAUUAGCCAAUGGAUCUUCUUACACAGUUUUGCAGGAAAAACUGGACAACUUAAGAAGAAACUAUAACUUGAACACAUGUGAUUCUAACUUGGGGCGAAUAUGCGAGCUUAUCGAGUUGACAUCAAAAGUGCAGGGACAGCUUUUUACUGCAAUGAGUCUGACUGCUUCAGAAGGUGGCACUUAUGGUGGAGUUGAUACUUUAAAAAGUAGACUGUUGCCUUGGCUUGGAAGUGGAUUCACUGCAUCGAGCGCUGGUGUGACUUCUGACACAAGUCUGUCAUUGUUGCAGGAAUCUGUGGAAAAAGAUCGCAAGAUUGCGCAACUUGAAGCUGAAUUGAGACUCUCGAAAGACGACUUGGACAACACUGUGGAUAAAUUAAAUUCAAGUGAAGCCGAACUUGAACAAACAAAAGUAGAAUCCGGAGGAACUUUACUUGCGACGGAAGAAGAAAUAGUUAAUCUGAGAGCUGAUCUCCGUCUAUCCAGAGAGGAAUCAAAGAAAUACAAACGACAAGUUGAUGAAUUAGGUGACUUUGAGAGACAAGUUCGAUUUCUUCGUGAUGAAAUUUCAAACUUGAGGGGUGAAAAGGAAAUCCUACAAAACAGUUUACGCAGAGCAAGAAGUGUUAGCCCAUCAAGAGCAAGAUCACCAAGUCCUUCAAGAAGAAUUCCUCCCUCUCCACUCAUCUCACCUACUCAUGCAGAGUUGACUAAUUCUAUCAGACACUCAAGACUUGUAGCUAGAUUCAACGACCUCUAUGCUAUUGAUAGAUUGGACAUGCAGGAUCGUCUUCGAAGAUUUGUUGAUGAUGAUGAAAUGGUGAAGAGAAUCCUUUUCAUUGCCACAUGCGAAUCUUUCCAUGUUGCAAAGAUGGCUUACCGUUCAUUCCGCCUUCGUGCUCGCAGACUCCUUUCUCCGAUUCAUACUGGACCAGGAGAAUUGGAAGAUGCAGUUAAUGACUACAUCGUCAGAAACCUUGACUUGCAUGAUCUUGAGUCAAGCGUUGAUAGUGUCAUUCGCUCCAUGAAUGUAAAUCCAAAAAUUUCUUUCCCACCGGAAUGUGACUUCUCUCUUCUCAGCCCUUUUAUUCGUGAAGUGUGUCGAGUUGCUUACGCAAUGCAAGCUCUUGAACCUCCUCUUGAUGUUCCUUUGGCUACUGAUGGAGAACUAUUUUCUGAUGCCAAAUAUCGUCGCAGUUAUGAUAGCGAGUACAGUGCACCGCUGGUAGCUUAUCAUAUCUGGCCAACAUUGAUGGAAGGUGAUUGCCCUCUAAUUAAAGGAGAAGCUUGCACAAGACGUGGUGCACUAUCGUCUCCCAGAAGAAGCAGAUCUCCAAGCCCUCUCCGAAGUAGUUCUCGCCUGUCACGCAGCAGUCUGAGUCGAGAUAGAGGCCGAAGUACAUCAAGAGGAAGAUAUUAAAAAUAGAAGAAAACUCAUUCCCUGAAUUAUAAUCAAUCCAAAGUUGAUCGUUGAACUAAUAAAGGCGCAUGUGAAAAUUUGUGCCAAAUUAUGCCUCUCAAAUAGAAUAUUAUUUGCUAUUGUUUCCAAUAUGCUUUUUAAAUGUUAUGAAUGUUUAGAUUUUUUUUAUAGUAGUGAUAGAAUCAAUUAUUCAUUCCAGUUAUCAAGUAUGAUUUGGCAACUUAUGUGAAUUUGUUCAAAGGCUUUAGUUUUUUCAUUAUAUUUUAUAACUUCUAUAUUUAGGCUUACAGAACAAGUUUAUUAGAAUUAUUCCACGCUGAGUGAAAAAAUAAACCGAAUAGUGUAUUUAGGAUGAACAAUUUUAUCAUUGCUGUCUCUGGUUUUAAUUAUGAACUUAAAAUGUUUAUACCAUUGCGUUAUAUUCAAAUGAGCUACCAUUCGUAGAAAAAUCAAGCUAGUGCAUUCAAAAAAAGAAAUCUACCAAAUGUUAACUUUUCAAUUCAGGAAAUUUUUGCCAGCAUAUUAUGAUACUUUUCAAUUCUUCAAUUCACAUUCAAGGAAUAGAAAUACUUUUUAUAUAGUAGACUCACAAGUAUGCGCACCAAGAUGUCGCACAACCUGAAUCCUAACCGGUACACGCAUAUUAUGUUCAGGUUGUGCGCCAUCUUGGUGCGCAUAUUUCUGGAGGUCCACCCUCACUCUUUUGUGAAAAGUGCACUUAGAUUAGGUGUUGUUUUGUUUUACAAGUUUUUUAUAUUUUUUUCAAGCCUACGAUACUCACUGCUCAUCGUUUACCGAUUGGUUUAAACAAUGUACCUGACACUAACGAUUCUGCACUGUAUAAAGCCGUGCAAUAGCUAAACCUUGUGAAGUUGCCCAUUUUAUGCAUGUAUAUGUAACAGGCACAUAGGUAGUAGGUAUUGAUAAUUGAUAAGUAGUCCUUGAACGAGACUGUUCACUGUAAUUUUUUUUGUCCGUUCUCAAUUUUUAGACGGGUCAACCGAUGCUAUCCCUACUGUUUGUUUUGUACUGAGGAAAACAGAAUAUUUCUUAUAUUUUUCUAUGUUAUUAUGAAUUAUAUGCAUGUAAUAUAGAGUAAACUUCGCAUGCUUGUA